AUGCAUGGCGCAUCAAUAUGCAUGCCAAUGGCCAAACAUAACCUGAAACCGAGAGAUGUUCAGCCUCAUGAUCUCUUCUAUCUACAGCCUCUGCAAAAACUCUGUGGACAGAUCCGUGUUCCCAUCAGGAAGCCGACACCUAAUCAGCCACCGGAGGCGAAGGGGAUCGGUGGAAUCGCCGCCGAAGGACACCACGCUCCUCCGCGCUGCGGCCGCUCGCCGCCGAGACCUCCGGCCGCUACCGCUUCAAUGGGCGCUGGAUCCUGUAAAAAAAAGGUGAGCGAUGGAGGUGCUAGUGCGUCUGGCAGAAAUUCUUAUUCCUCACCCCACCCAUCUUCCACGGCCACAAUUCAGAAGGUAGGAAAGAAAAGCAUGUGA